CAGUGCAAGGGAGCUUCUAAAUGGUCAACAGUAUUCUGGAUUGCAGUUCAAAUUAAGUGAUUUUCAUGGUUUUCCCUGAACAAAUGAGAGAAGAGGAUAUUAAUUCAAUUGACUACAACAGUUCGUGAGAUGCAACAAGAGACUGAAUCAAAUAUUACUUAAACAAUUAAUAUGAAUUGUAAAGAUAUGGAGGAUUGUAUCCAACAAUUAAAUAAUGAAUCAAAUAUCAAAGAAGAAAUCAGUGAACCAUUUGAUGUGGACAAUAUUUAUACCAAUGAUGCCACCUUGCCUGCUUGUGUCGUCCAUAAUGAUGUUAAAGAAGAAAUAGAUGAAAUUGGUGGUAAUAGAAAGACUGGUUCAACAGACUACAAUGGACUUGAUAAUAUCAAAGAAGAAAUUAAUGAAUCGUUUGAUGAGAACAAUAUUGACACCAAUGAUGCAGCCUUGCCUGCUUGGGUCAACCUCAAUGAUGUUAAAGAAGAAAUAGAUGAAAUUGAUGGUAAUACAAAGACUGGUUCAACAGACUACAAUGGACUUAAUAAUAUCAAAGAAGAAAUCAAUGAAUCGUUUGAUGAGAACAAUAUUGACACCAAUGAUGCAGCCUUGCCUGCUUGGGUCAACCUCAAUGAUGUUAAAGAAGAAAUAGAUGAAAUUGAUGGUAAUAGAAAGACUGGUUCAACAAACUUCAAUGGUAUUGAUAAUAUCAAAGAAGAAAUCAAGGAAUCAUUCACAGAGGACAAUAUUGACACCAAUGAUGCAGCCUUGCCUGCUUGUGUGAGCCAUAAUGAUGUUAAAGAAGAAAUAGAUGAAAUUGAUGGUAAUACAAAGACUGGUUCAACAGACUACAAUGGACUUAAUAAUAUCAAAGAAGAAAUCAAUGAAUCGUUUGAUGAGAACAAUAUUGACACCAAUGAUGCAGCCUUGCCUGCUUGGGUCAACCUCAAUGAUGUUAAAGAUGAAAUUGAUGGUAAUAGAAAGACUGGUUCAACAAACUUCAAUGGAAUUGAUAAUAUCAAAGAAGAAAUCAAGGAAUCAUUCACAGAGGACAAUAUUGACACCAAUGAUGCAGCCUUGCCUGCUUGUGUGAACCAUAAUGAGGUUAAAGAAGAAAUAGAUGAAACUGGUGGUAAUACGAAGACUGGUUCAACAGACUUCUAUGGACUUGAUAACAUCAAAGAAGAAAUCAAGGAAUCGUUUGCAGAGGACAAUAAGGAAACCAAUGCUGCAGCCUUGUCAGUUAGGAUCUACCAUAAUUAUGUUAAAUCAGAAUUAGAAGAUAUAUAUGAUAAUACACAAUAUAUUCCUAUAAACGACAGCAAAGUAUCUGUUGUGAAACAAGAUUUGAACAGUGCAAAUAAUGAGAAUGAUAUUGCUACCAAUGGUGUGGCCUUGCCUGAUAGGAUCUACCAUAAUGAUGUUAAGACAGAAUUAGAAGAUAUAUGUGGCAAUACACAAUACUUUCCUAUAACUGACAACAAGGUAUCUGAUGUUAAAGUAGGAUUAAAUAAUGCAUAUGAUGAAGACAAUGUUGCAACCAUUGAGUUAAAUAAUACAAAUGAUGAAGACAAUGUUACAACAAUUGAGUUAAAUAAUGGAAAUGAUAUUGGACAAAAGAUAGAUAGCAGUGAACAAAAUACAAAACAUAAAAGAGACAUUAUAAGUGAAAAUAUAGAAACCACAGAUGAUGAACGAAUAAUCAGUUUAUUUUAUGAGCAUUCUUAUUGUCGUGAAUAUGAUAAACCAUUUAAAUGUAUACAAUGUGACAAUUGUUUUACGAAACAAAGUACUUUGAAGGAACAUAUGAGGAGUCAUAUAGGUGGAAAUUCCUUCAAAUGUGAACAUUGUGAGAAACGUUUCAAAACAUCACAACACUUGAAAAUCCAUGUCAAGCUUCACAAGCGAGAUAAUUCAUACAAAUGUAAAAACUGUUCAAAGUAUUUUUCAAGACAUGAGAAACUGAGGCAACAUUUAAGAAUCCAUACUGGAGAAAGACCAUUCAAAUGUGAAUAUUGCAAUAAAUGUUUUAAAACCGCUCAACACUUGAAAACCCAUGUCAAGCUUCACAAGGGAGAUAAACCAUACAAAUGUGAAAAGUGUGCAAAGUGUUUUUCCAAAAAUGAUAAAUUGAAGAAACAUUUAAGAAUUCACUCCGAAAAUAGACCAUACAAAUGUGAACAUUGUAAUAAAUGUUUUAAAACAGUUCAAUACUUAAAGGGCCAUAUAAGGGUUCACACUGGUGAGAAACAAUUCCAAUGUGAAAAGUGUGCAAAGUUAUUUUCAAGACAUGACGAUUUGAAGAGACACUUAAGAUUUCACACUGGAGAGAAACCAUACAAAUGUGAACUCUGUGAGAAAUCAUUCGCAUUACAACAUACUUUAAAAGAACAUAUCAAAACUCAUACAACAUGUAGGCCUACAAGAGAAAAACUAUUCAAAUGUGAACAUUGCGAGAAAUGUUUCGCACAACAAGGCAGUUUGAUACUACAUAUCAGGACUCAUACUGGAGAGAAACCAUUCAAAUGUGAACAUUGUGAGAAGUAUUUUUCACGACAAAGCAAUUUGAUACAACAUAUCAGGACUCAUACUGGAGAGAAACCAUUCAAAUGUGAACAUUGUGAGAAAUGUUUCACAAGGCAAAGUUUUUUGAAUCAACAUAUCAGUAUUCAUACAGGAGAGAAACCAUUCAAAUGUGACUAUUGUGAGAAAUGCUUUAGAUGUGGCAUAUUCUUAAAGAAACAUAUCCAGACUCAUAUUGGAGAGAAAAAAUUUGAAUGUGCAGAAUGUAAGAAAUGUUUCUUUAGCAAAUAUCCUUUAAUUCAACACUUAAGGACACAUACUGGAGAGAAACCAUUUCAGUGUGAACAAUGUAAAAAAUGUUUCUCUCGAUCGGGAAAUUUGAAUCAACAUUUAAAUAUAUGUAAAUCACUGAUUUAGUUGUAAAGAAUGCAGAAAUUCAAAUACAUUUUAAAGAUUUAAAUGUUAAAUGGACAAACCGUCGAUCUAACUAUUUAUCAAAUAUGAAAGCGUCUCAUAAAAAGAGAACAUGUGCGGAUUAUCAAGACAUUGAUUAAGUACCCACUCCCAAAAGCUAACAACAAGAAAUGUAUUGUGCUUGAAAAUGAAGAAAAAUAGUAAAUAAAAUUGACUUUAUCUUAUUCAGCUGAUUUUAAUUGAGCAUUUUGAAAUAUAUAAAAGGUUUUAGCACUACACUAUAUUUUAUCAAAAUUAAUAAUUAUACAAAUAGAAAUAGUUCAGGUUAAAAUUGGAAUUAAUGAUGUUUUAUCCAGUUUUCAUUUUGAGAAUCUUUUUCUUAUCACGGGGAGCUCGAAAUGCGAUGCUCAAAAAUUUCAAUUUGAGAUACAAGGGCAGAUCCAGAAGUUCUGAUAAAAAUUCUCUAACUUAUAGU